UUCUGUUUUGUUUAGGGUCCACUCGCUCAACCGCCCUCAAGACGUGAUGCGUCAAAGGGGAAAGCUCCGAUGCUUUCUCCACAAGGCCGUGGUGCACGGGAAGAUGACUUGUUCACGGAAGAGAAGAUGGCGUUGAUCCCUAAUUCGCUAAAAUGGAUGAUUCAUGAAUUCCUAAGGCUCAAAGAUAAACGUGAUAUAAUCACAAUUCCUGUCCCCCGAGCAUUUAUUGCACCGCGUACCCAGAUCACGUUAUCUGGAGAGGAUUUGCAGCAGGUUGCUACGUGUGACUACAUCGGCAACCAGGGAAUGCUGUUUGGAAUGAUGCACAUAUGGGAGAGCAUCAACGGUCUGAGAAAAAUUUUCAAGUUUUACGACCCAGAGCUUCUCACAGUGCAUGGGAUCAACGAUGAAGAACAGAGUCAGUCUUUUGACAAUGCGGCAAGACGAUUGGCUAAUUGGUUAUCAUUAAUGAACAACAACCACCAAAUGUUCUUUAUUCCUUGGAAUAUCGGGUAAACUUUAUUAAAUUCUUUAGUGCUAAUUGUUCAUUUCUAUAUUAUGUCUUCAAAUUAUUUUUAUACUAUCUUACUUAUAUUCCAAUAUAAUUUUCUAGGAUGCAUUGGACGCUAGUGGUGGUUGCGCCAAGGAAAAUUAUCCAUUUAAACCCUGUAAAAGGCCGCCCAAUUCCCGAAGAAAUAGAACAAAUGAUCGGAAGGUAAUAAUUUAAUGACUUCUUAUGUAACGAAUUUAAAUUAACUAACGAAUUGACACUACAACAAUAUACACUUUAAGUGACUCCAUUUCAUGUCUUACACAUUAAGGGAAAGACAUUAAAAAUAAAAGAGAGCUUUUGAUGACUUAUGGUAGGGGAUACUAAAAAUUUUCAUUUAUAGCUAUUAUGGGAAGACAUUAAAAAUGAUAGGAGACACCUAAAAUAUAUUAUUGAAAAUAAAAAAAAAAUUAAAAGUUUA